CACUGAGUUGACCCGGAAAGAGAAAACCUUCACGGAAGCUGACAAAAAUGGCAGCGCUCGAAAGUUUCGAGGAACAGUUAGCUGAACAAAUUGCGUUACACCACAACCUUUAUGACCCUGGACACAAGUAUUACAAGAACCCGCACGUUAGCAUCAAGUCGUGGCAAGAAAUAGCAGCCGCCCUCCAGACAGAGCCUGACAAAUGCCGGGAGAAGUGGAAGCAACUUCGGGACAGGUAUGUUCGGGCCAAGAAAAAGUUCACCAGCAAAAGCGGCCAGCCAGCGAGACCAGCGAGAACCCCUCCGCUGCUGAAGUCCCUGUCGUGGCUGGACGGGUACGUGAAACACAGGAAUGCCGUGACGAGGUACACAAUAGAGAGUCCCGAAGACUUCUCAUCCUCCCCCGCAGGGCCGGCCCAGGUGCUGGAAGACAUGGCUAACCCUUAUCCUGAUAAAUCCCAGAGUUCAGCUGCAGCAUCCCCUGGACCGUCACCACACAACAGCAGCCAGGGUGGCGAAAUACAAUUGAUGGAGUCAACUCUGCCGAGCCCCUCCAGGUCCGAGGGCAGCCCGACACGGCGCUGCAUCACCCCGACCCCACAAAGCCGGCCUAAUAAAAGGAAGGAACAUGAUGAGGACCACGCCACCACCUCCAUAAAAGACCUGAUAUUGGACUGCUCCAAAAUGGCAGCAUUACGUGACAUGUGUGCUGUGCAAGGGGACGAGCUGGACGAGUCGCACUACUUUGGAAUCGUGGUCGCAAAGGGGCUGCGGACAUUGCCGGACAAAAUGCGGGCAGAUGCCAUGGCACAGGUGAUGCUGCUGUUGAGCAACUUCCGUCAACAAGCUUUUGAGCUGCAAACAACAAACGACAACAAGAAAACCUGAUGACACGUCUUUGUUGUUCUUUAUUUUUUUUCACCCAUUCUUACGCGUUGUUCUUAAUAUCAUAAAACCUUUGCUUCCAUCUUCUGCUUUUGUCUGUGAGGCUCAUAGAAAGAAGCCGAGAGUUUCUCUGACAGCAUGCUGUGAAGUGUGAGCUUGCUACACUGACUGUUGCUGACAGUUUCAGGACAUUUUUAUAGUUGUCAAGUGUUUAGUUUAUACGUGUGCACAUACAUCCGCCAAGUCCCACAAUAGCUUUAUUACAAAAAUACAGAAAUUAGUAUAGCACAAAUGUAUAUAUUGUAUUUUUAUAUUAAAUGUGUAGUGUAUAUUUAUAAAAUCUUUGAACUUUUA